AUUUUUUCAGGAACAUUUCGAAUAGACCAUAAAGAUUGCACUCACUUCUCAUUAGACGAAGAUUUCGAUGAUGAUUAUAAUUUAACUCCCAAAACGAUUCAUCGAGAAAGAUACAAUUGUUCGGCUGAAUCUUCAGAUAAACCUCUAAUCACCCCUAAUGAUUUCGACAAGGACAUAGAAAGAGAUCUACGAAAAAUUUCUAAUUAUUUUAGAUUAACAGACGAAAUUGAAAUUGAUGGCGAUUCAGCAUCUGAUGAACUUGAUUUAUUACCGCCACUGGCUCAAAUGUCGAAUAGAACGAAGAAGUGGAAAAUACCAAAUUUAUUAUGCUGCAACAAUUCACGAAUACCAAUGAAAUGUUCGGUUAUGUGA